GCAGUGGUGAGCAGGGCUCAAUCACAAGAUGAGUAGGAGCCACAACGAGUGUGGAAACGGCCCAAAUUCAUGUCUGACUGCAAGAUCGCUCCAAAACUGUUAAGCUGCUGAGGCCUCUGGUGAAGCACAUUACACAGUCACCUUAGCGUACAGCCUGAAGUUGUCAGGUGCCAACGUGGCCCCAAUAAGCCUCUAAUGAAGAGUAGACCAUGAAGGUGAAGCUCCACGGCUCCACCUGUGACUGACCACAGAUCCUUAUGUAACAUGUGCUACGUUAUCUGAAGUAUAUUCUUGGAAAACAACGUGGCUUUUGGCAGUGAUGUGGAGAUCGAGUGUUGAAGAUGUUCUCAGGUGUCCGUUUCAGAUUUAUGCCUUAGUUCAGCCUUUUAUAGAGAUUUGAUAUUUCAGAAGUUAUUUGUCACGUCUUUCCAGGCCCCCAAAAUAAAUAGCUCGUCUCUUGCAACGGGAGGGUGGAGUCAGGGGCCGGUGUCGGUUUUGGUUGUGACAAGCUGUCAUGUCAACGUGCUGCUCCGGUUGCUGUAGUCUCUGCCUGCCCCUCACCACCCGUGUUCCUCUGCAUUCUGAAUGGACCCUCCAGGUACCUGCCAAACCUUUGGACUAGGACUCUGCAGGACUAGACAGCAAGACCUGACCUAAUGCACGGACCAUGCAUUGUUAAGUAGCGCAGCCCAGAGGGACGUCUACCAUGUAUUUGGAAAACUCAGAGCAACACAACCUCUCUGGAGCUGGAGCGCUGUCUGCUGAAGCCAUGCUAGCGGAGCAGUGCCAGGUUCCCAAACUAACAGAACCUGCAGACUUUAGCAGCGCCUUGAAGGGAAGCGCUGGACUUGGCAUGUCGGUCCUAGUGGAAUACACUGAGCACGCUGGCAGCAGGGACGUGGACUUGUGUCCCUGCAGCCGAGACGAGACCGAAGCCUUCACAUACUGCAAUGGACACGCUGAGAUGUUUGUGCAGUACCCUGCAAGCGGUGGAGGCUUUGAAUGUGAUCACAUAGGCGAUAACUGUGAGACUGCAGAGUUAAGCCAAGCAUGUGGUGAAUGUGCUCGACUCUGUGAGUGUUUUAAGUCCUCUGAGCUUUGUGCUACUGAUAGCUUAACGUCCAGAGGUAAUUAUUGUGGACACUGUGUUGAACACCUCCAGUUAUUCCAGCCAUGUGAGCCCCUUGGCCGACAGUGCGAGUCUUUUGACUUGGAGCCAGAUGAAGCGCUGAUGAAUUGUGGCGGUUUUAAUCAGUGUGAAAUGUCUGAUUUCAUAGCGGGGAACACAGACGACGGUGAGGAACUGUCUGAUGAGCGGGACGAAUGCUUUGACUCGGACCCAGACAUUUCAGCACAGGACUCUGAACCGUGUGACAGCACGGUGUCCACGCCGGACCUUCCUGACCCGGUGGACACGCCAGACUGCAGCGCAGACCACACUCAGGAUCAGACGGACUCAGAGUCAACCAAUGGUGAUUGUGAUGAUUUGAAGAACUGUCCUCCUGAACUCAGGGACGAUGACGAUUUAACAGAUGAUGUCAGUUCCUGCACCACAAAUGCUCACGUGUACUUUGAUGAGGGGGAACUUGAUUGUACAGGAAAUGAAUGUUAUGAGGAUAAAGAAAAUCAGGAUUCUGAAGCAGAGCAGGAGUACGAGCUGACGGAGCCUCAGGGCUCUGAAGAAGAAUGUUUCUCAAACUGUUUUUCUCUGGAAACCAAGUCAUUCACCACGUUUCCUGAUGAGAGUCUUCCCUCAGACCACUGCUCAGACUCAUCUGGGGAAUCCGACAAGGUGGUUCAGGAGGAUGAGCAGACACAGUGGGAGUCGUUUGAAGAGGAUGAACGACCAGAACAGAUCAAGACGAACGACAGUAAUGGGGAAGAGGAGGAAACGCCCACUGGUGAUAUAGUGAUCGAGGACUAUUUUGAUUUCUUCGACAGAGUUGAUUACUGUCGUCACCAGUUCUUACAAAAGCGCUGCUACAUUUCUUGCUUUGAUGGCGGCGACAUUGAUGCUUGCCUGCAUGUUAAAGAAGACUCACAGAAAUCUAGUGCUGAAAUUGAAUGUACUUUUGAAGAGUUACCAGGAGGGGAAGCUGACGGGUGCUUAGACGCAGAUGACUUUACCUCUGGGGAUAGUGACAGUGAGUCUGAGAACUACGCAGAGGACUGGAGCGCUGCCCAUGAGUCGGGUUCGGAAGACAAUGACUCUGAGGAGUGUGAGGGUGAGUCCUGUGGCCAGGACCACGAGGAUGCAGCUUCUGUGUCCGAUGGUGAGGACCCGCAGAAAUGUAGUGCUGUUAUUGAAUGUACAUUUGAGGAUUUUCCAGAAGGGGAAGCUGACGUGUGCUUAGAUGCCUCUGAAGAAGCAGGUGACUUUACCUCUGGGGAAAGUUGCGAUGAGUCCGUGAACAACGCAGAGGACUGGAGCGUUGCCUACGACUCGAAUUUGGCAGACAAUGACUCUGAGGAGUGUGAGGGUGAGUCCUGUGGCCAAGACAACGAGGACGCGGGUUCUGUGUCCGAGGGGGACUUUGGUGAAGUGUGUGAGGAGGAAGCUGAGGUCUGCCCGUACUAUGGGAAGGAGGACACCAUGUGUGCCCCAUGUGCUGACGACAUCUCUGUCGAAGGGGACGCUUAUGAAGAUGAUGUCUGUGAUGCCCACAGUUCUGGAGUGUCUACAGUGGAUCACGCGAGGGCCGCUGGUUCCGACUGGAACGGGGAGCCUUCGCCCCCAGACAAGACAUUUAGGGAAUGCUCAGAAAUGGAGCCAUAUUGGUUCCUUCAGAGAAAUGAGCCAGAUGUUGAGGAAUAUUAUGCGUGUGAAAUUAGAAGUAUUCAGUUGUCGGGUGAACAGUCACUGAACGAAUUUAUCAUCGGAGGACAUGAUCAGAUAAACUCUGGAAAUAUUGAAGGAUUUGUUUCUGGCAGUGGCAGAAAAGAUGCUCCAUUUACCCUCAAGGAGCUGGCGACUGCAGCAGCUGCGCAGACGACGGCCAGUUGGACACUGACUGCACUAGCAGAGCACUUGGCCGGUUGCUUUGUCGCGGAGAGAAUCCCCGACAAAGACGAUGGGCUCCCUGAGGUUUCAGGUGGGACCGGACCUCCUCUGGGUGUUAUUCACAGUGUUGCGUCAGACGCACACAGUGAGGCUAGCUGGACGUGUGAGCAAAGCGAGGAAGAGGAGGAGACGAGCGACAGCGAGGCCUCUGAGUGCUGUGAAUGCGAGUACUGCGUCCCCCCAGAACUGCAGGUUCCAGCUCAACCGCUUCUUCCACGGAUUAAAUCAAGUGAUGCAGGGAAGAUCUGUGUGGUCCUCGACUUGGAUGAAACUCUAGUUCAUAGUUCAUUCAAGCCAGUGAACAAUGCUGACUUUAUCAUUCCAGUGGAGAUUGAUGGAACCGUUCACCAGGUGUACGUGUUAAAGAGGCCCCACGUGGACGAGUUCCUGCAGAGGAUGGGGGAGUUGUUUGAGUGUGUGUUGUUCACUGCGAGCUUGGCCAAGUACGCGGAUCCUGUGUCCGACCUGCUGGACAAGUGGGGCGUCUUUCGCAGCCGUCUCUUCCGGGAGUCCUGCGUCUUCCACCAAGGGAACUACGUAAAAGACCUGAGCCGUUUAGGACGAGACCUCAACAAGGUCAUCAUCCUCGACAACUCGCCGGCGUCCUACGUCUUCCACCCUGACAACGCAGUUCCUGUAGCUUCCUGGUUCGAUGACAUGUCCGACACUGAGCUCCUUGAUCUCAUCCCCUUCUUUGAAGGCCUAAGCAAAGCAGAGGACGUCUAUGCUAUUCUCAGGCAGCAGCGGACGACGAGUUAACGGAAGCAGGAUCCAGCAAUGAAACCUAUGACCAGCACAUCUGACUAUGGGGCCACGGGGCCAGCGGGCCACAGGCCCAACACCGCUUCCCACUUCAAGGACCACGCUGCAGAGACGCUCGUCACGUGACCUCACGUUGUGACAGUCCUGGAUCACCACUACGCCUUACUGUACCCGACCUGGCAGAGCAGCCAGUGUGCCGCUAAUGCUUCCUGCAGUUAUAACGUGUGACUGUGACAAAUGAACCACGUUGGUACAAUCUAGCAUUCGCUGUUAUAUCAAGGCUUCAAGUCAACGGUUACAGUAGUUAACUGAGCCCUGGAUGAGCCCGAGUCCUCUGCUUGGUACGUCCCACUGUCCUGUGAUGUGCAGGACUGGUACCACUGGUCUCCAUCCACCACAGCAGGGCCCAUGUUGGGGGGGUCCUGUGCUUCAUCGUGACGAUUGCAGUAACUCGCUGAGGCACCGUGGACGAGUCAGACGCUUCGACGCCUCCCGUCAGUCGACUUGAAUAAAGCUUUUCUUCUUGUGCGUAUUGGGCUUUCAGGGGAACUGGGGCCUGGCCCUGGUUUGCUUUGCCUCGGCCUCGACUGGGUGCGACUGUUUCCCUACUUGUUGUGUAAGUUUCAGUGUGAUUGUGAGUGUUUACAUUGGUUUGGGACUUUUUUUAAGAUGAUGUUGACAAUAUGUGAAGACAUAACUUUGAUUUACUUUUUUUACUGUAUGAACAAAAGAACAAAAGCCUCAAGUAAAAGAAUAAAGAGUAAAGCGAGUUUUUAAAUUUGUGCUGAUUUAAAAAAAAAAGACACCUAGAGAUAUUUCUACCUUGCAUCAAUAAAGCAUGUUUAUUGAAA